AAAAAAAGCCGACGGGCGCCAGACUGGACACUUGGACACCUUGUGGGAAGUGGAAAGCCGCCACAUUGCAUUCUCCCAAUUCCCAAUUCCCUUCCCGAGUGCGGACUUCGCUCUUUGUCCUGCACCUCGACUACUUGGUCUCUGAAUUGCAUCCAUCUCAUUGUGCGGAUGCUCAAUCCUCGGGCAAGCCGCUUCUCCCCGUCUUGACUUUGUCUGUUUCCCGCAUUAUCGGAGUCCCGAAUCCUCUCUGAGUUGUUGCAUUUAAGGAACACGCGGAACACGCGCACACCAGGGUGCCGUCCCGGUUCAGCGAGUGCCCACCAUGAGUACCGACUACGCGUACGACGAGGAGGGCUAUCUCUGGCCCUUCUUCGUUUUCACCCUCGCCCUCAUCAUCACCGUCCCUCUCACAUUCUUCCUAGUCAAGCGGUCGCGAGACCCAGCUGCGUCAUUCCCGCGCAUCCAGACAAGCUUCAAACAUGCCCACACAGACACGGUUGACUCCUUGCGCAAGAAGGAGAAGCGCAAGGAUAGGAAACUCUGGUUGACCUUUGCCGUCAUUGCGGGCUGGGCUAUCAUGGGCUACAUGCUCUACCUCAUCCAGACCACCGAGGCGCCAGUACACAAGCUCUGGAACCCCUACGACAUCCUCAACGUCCCCGAGACGGCCACCGAGAAGCAGAUCAAGAGCACCUACAAGAAGCUGUCCCUCCGGCUGCACCCCGACAAGGCGAAGCCGGAUCCGGCCAAGAACGAGACGAUCGAAGACCUCACCGCCCGCUACGUCGAGAUCUCCAAGGCGUACCAGGCGCUAACCGACGAGGACAUCCGCAACAACUACAUCCAGUACGGUAACCCCGACGGGAAGCAGGGCUACAGCAUCAACAUUGCCCUGCCCAAGGUGAUCGUGUCGGACGGCAAUGGCAAAUACGUUGUGCUCCUCUACUCGGUCCUCUUCGGCGUCCUCCUGCCCUACCUCGUCGGGUCCUGGUGGUACGGCACCCUCAGGCGCUCUAAGGAGGGCGUCCUCAUGGAGAGUGCCAACAGGAUCUUCCGCGAGUACAAGGACAGCAUCGACGAGGGCGGUGUCGUGACCGCGCUCAGCACCGGGAAGGAGUACGAUGAACUCUUGAAGGGAGACAAGGCGGACUCGGGUCUUUCCAAGGUGGAGUCUAGGAUUCUCGCCGAGGGCGAGCUUUCCCCUCUCGCUGGCGGUCUGUCCGUCAAGGACAAGGAGAAGCUCGAGGACCUGGAGAGCGGCCCGCAACGAAAGGCAUUGGCACUGCUGUGGGCUUACCUGGGCCGGGUCGAGCUGGAUGACGCCGAGCUCAACAAGGCCAAGUUUGCCGUUGCCCCAAUUGCGCACUCCCUCAACAAGGCCCUCAACGCUAUCGCGCUCGCCUACAUGAACACCGGCCCACUCCUAGCCUCCUACUACACCAGCCAGCUCCUGAUUCAAGCUCUCCCCCCCAAGUCGUCGCCCCUCCUUCAGCUACCCUACUUCACCCCGGCCGUCGUCAAAGCCGCCGAGGGCGAUUCGCGUGUCCACACCAGCAUCCAAAACUUCAUGGACAGGCCAGACGCGAAGCGCCGCAGUUUGGUGGUGGGCAAGAGCCUCCUUACCGACGAGCAAUACCAGGAAGCCGUCGGCGUCGCCAAGCAACUCCCCUUCCUGCGUGUCGCCAAGGCCUACUUCAAGGUCACCGGCGAGCGCUUCAUCAUCCCCUCCUCCCUUGUCACCCUCGUCGUCAAGGGCCGCUUCGUGCCCCCAGGCAGCGAGAAGGUCCCCGAAAUCAACCCCACCGAGCUGGAGGACGUCGACCCGGCGGAAGACGACCUCGACGCCCUCUCGGGCCGCAAGACCCAGAAGCUCGUCGGCAAGGACGAGAAGACGGGCAAGCCCAUCUACGAGUCGGCCGAGGCCGAGGUCAUCGCGGCACCCCUCGCGGCGGCGCCCUACUUUGCGCGCGACCACAGCCCCAGGUGGCACGUGUUCCUGACCGACUCCAAGCAGGGCCGCGUCGCGGUCCCGCCCUUCACUUUCGCGCAGUUCGACCGCCCCAUCUUCGAGGCAGACGGCAAGACCCCGACCUUCGCCAUGCAGACCCUCAAGGCCCAGUUCCAGGCGCCGCCCCAGGCCGGCCACUACACCUUUGUUAUGCACGUCGUGUGUGACAGCUAUGUCGGGUUCGACACCAAGAUGGAGGUCACCCUCAUUGUCGAGGAGGCGAGCAAGGCGGCUGAGAUGGAGAUCGAGGAUGAGAUUAGCGAGCCGGAUGAGGACUCCAUCGCGGGCAUCAUGAAUGCUGCCAAGGGCGGCGAGCCGCCCAAGAGGAGGAAACAAGUCAAGAAGGUGGAGGAGUCGGACUCGGACGAGGAGAGCGGGACGGAGGAGGAGGAAGAUGAUACCAGCGCCACGAAUACGGAUACCGAAGCGGAAGAUUAGACUGGGUUUUGCUUGGGGUUUUAUUGUUUGGUUAUUCCGGCUUCUGGCUUCUGGCUUCUGAUAAUUGUACAUAUCGGCGUUCCUCCCCCCGUUGUUAUGCACUGUCGCUGUGUGUGCUGUGGUUGGUGGGUUUGAAGCGACCCUCUCUACACCUCUCCCCUUCUGUCCGCUGGCUUAGGUGUAUGAUAUGUGUGCAUGGUGUGAGUUGGGAUUUGUUGUCGGAACGGUAUGAGGGAGUGGACGAUGCAGUGUAUGUCGGUAGUCAGGGUUGCUGUAGGUUGGGGACUUGUAGGUAUGAUAUAUGUUUGUUCAACACGGGUUGCGCGUAAAUCACACCAGAUGAUGGAGUCCCUGCCCUGGGGAAAAGGGUCAUAUGACGGGUUCCGGCUACGGACACAGCAAGACGAGAAACAUCAACGUCGGCCCAUGGGGAAAUAAAUGCCGGA